GUCCUGGUUUUUUAGUCUUUGCACAACCUGAUUUCAGCAAAGCUUGCCUCAGGUGAUGACAGACCGGGUGGAUGGGUGCAAUGACAGACGUCUAAGUGGUAGUGCAUGCCAGAAGGAGCACUGAACUGUGUCAAGUGGGUCAUAUUAUAUUAAAUUACAGUGCUUGUGUACUUUUGUAGAUGGCGAACGGACAGCUGUCAAGGGCAGAGGCAUUGGCCUGCUCAGGCUGCAGACACGCGUGUCACGUGAUGCUCUACUCUGACACCAAAAGUCAGCUUUUUGGGAGAAUUCCCAUCAGGCAUAUCAUACUGAUGCAGAUGCGCUUUGACGGUAUGCUGGGUUUCCCUGGCGGGUUUGUAAACCAAUCACAGGAGAGCCUGGAGGCCGGGCUCUGCAGGGAAUUAGAGGAGGAGGUGGGUGUAGCUCUUUCCAUAUCAGAAGACGAUCAUAUGGACGCUCAGCAUGCUCCUGGUACCUCCCCCUCGUCACCCCGUCUCAUCACUCACUUCUAUGUAAAAAAGCUAGAGGAGGAGCAGAUAAGGGAGGUGGAGAAAGCCUCUGUAUCCACAGCAACAGAUCACGGCCAGGAGGUUCUGGGCAUGGUCCGAGUUCCGCUCUACACCACAAAGGGUGGGGGAGGCCUCUCAUCAUUCCUGUCACACACAUUCAUUGGGAAUGCUCGCUCCCAGCUGGUCAACUCUUUGCUGCGUCUCCACCUCGUUUCCCCCGAGGACCUGCGCAAAGCCCUCAAGCACUCGCUGAAGAUGCACGCACGCAGUGCAGUGGAUGUGCAGGCAGUGCUCAAACUGACGGAGGCCGAGAGAGAGCAGUCUUGAUUCACGGUUACUCAAGACAGAGGCGUCGAAAUGGAGGGAAAAGUGGGAAUGUUUUACCAGCGCCCCAAGCACCUGGGAGGCCCUGGGCUUUUGUAAAGUUUUGAAGAUUGUUUUCUUGUAUUUAAAUAUGUCAGUUAUAAAAAUCAAUGUAAUAAUUUUCAUGAUAAAAUACAUUUUCCUGUGAAAGUUCAUUAAUGAGGUUGCUUUAAUCAAAUUAAUACUACCUACACCCACCUUGCAUGCACACUUACAGUAAAUAUGCUUGUACUCAUUGCUGCUGUCAGACUUUUGCAUUUUGGUUGCCUUGUUCAGCUAGCUGGCAUUGCUUAUGAUGGGUAUUUAGGCUUUCCAUCUUCCCAAACUAGAAGAUGAUGUGAUGAUGAAGCAGAAUCCAAUGAGGCAAACCAGUUGAACAAAGAGAACUUUAUUACAACCAGCAAGCAUCAUGAACAGGUCGGCCGCCCUGUGAGAAGGCUAGGUCAGAUCAGAAGCACUUCCAACGAGAAGUCGGCAAGCAGUCACAUUUACAGGAUUUGCAAACCAUUACGUCAACCUGUUGUCUUGAGGGUUGGCUCUUUCCUUACAUGGUCAAGACACAUGUUGCUUUGACAUUGACUAACGACUGUCACAUCUAUGGAAUCAUGGCACCAACCAGUCUACCAUCUUUGAGACUUUGGGCCUAUUCCCAAACAUUGCCUGCAUUUGGAAAAAGGUGCAAGGGACUCACUAAGAUCCUAUGGGAGUUCUGGUUUGACCAACUCCCAGUGACCAUUCUAUAUGUGUGUACGUGAGGUUUUAUUGCCCUUGAUUUACUCGUCUGUCUAAACCAGGGGUCUCAAACACGCGGCCCGCGGGCCAUUUGUGGCCCACCAAAUCAUAUCUUGCGGCCCGCGACUGGACAUCAAAGAGUGCAGCCCGCAAAAUCCGGGCAAGCUCUGUGUUACUUACAUACUUACAGGGGCAAGUAAACACCAACACUGAACUAACAGUGGUGUUAUCACAUGGACCGUGGGAGGGAUGGCCCUUUGGCAUUAUUGUGAGCCAUGUAUUGUGAAUUGUAUCGUAUCGUGAGGUACCCUGAGAUUCCCAGCCCUACUCCCAAUACUUGAUCCGGCCCAUCCUCACCCAGAGUCUACCUCCAGUAGCCCCCAGUGAAAUUGAGUUUGAGACCACUGGUCUAAACAGUCCAAACUGAUAUACUAUUGUUUGCUAUUUAGCUGCUGGUCGAACUCUCGUCACCAGAGCCUCACCUUCCUGGAACACAUGCGGAGACAUAUAAGAUAUGGCAUUUUAUAUAUUACUGUAUCAGAUACUACACUUACACCAGCUUCAUGAGGCUGGAGCAUAAUGAAGCUCUCAGUCUCUGUGCGUAGUGUGAUGUGCACCACCAAAAAACUCUCGAGCUUCAGUAGCGCUGAUCAUUAAGGCUGUGAUUGGUUGGCUUGUAGAGCAUUAUUUUGUGUGUACAUACGACUUGUUGAGAGGAUGGACAGACCACCACCGCAAACCCCUUCUCCUGCGAUUUCGGAACUACUGACUGUUGUUACGCAUCGAUUUGUUCCAGCUGCCAUAGUAUUUCUCUGAUUAAUUAUCAUUGUUCAUUGACGAGAAGCUAACAAGCUAAGGCUAUGACCACGCAAACAUGGAUAUUUUCA